AUGCUGAAAUCAUUAACUCAUACACAACAAAAAUUAAAUAUAACAUUUACUAUUGUUGAAAUAGAAACAGGACCAAAAUCCGAUUUAUCAAAACCGAUGAUAGUUAAACUUACAAGAAGUGAACUUGAACGACAAACAUCAUUUAAACCAAACGAGCCAUUAAAUUAUCGAAUUAAUUUUAUUGGGACAUUUUAUAUAUCAAAGGAUAAUGUUAAAGAGAAACAUUUAACUUUAACACUCCAAAUUAGAGGAGAUACUAAAACUCAAAGUCCAACAAUCAUUAAUUUAUCAGAAUUUGUUCAUUUAAAAGGUGUAGAACAAUCAUUUACAAGAAGAGUAUUAUUUAAUGGAGCAAUGUAUACUGUUAAAUGUCAAAUCAUUAUCUCAGACAUUGGAAUUAAUUAUCCAAUAAAUUCAGAAGUACCAAAUGUUACUCCAAGAGUUCCAACUCAUCUUCCUCCUCAAAAACCUUUACAACAACCUCAAGUUAGUGUUAACAUAACGCCUCAAAAAACAAAAAAAGAAAUUAGAUUAACUCAUUCUACUAGUUCGUUAUCUACUCUUCCUCAACAUUACUCAAAUGAACCAAUUAUAUCUCCAAGAUCUACUAGAAGAGAGAUUAGAGCUACUAAUUCAAGUGCUACUUUAAAUGUAUUAAGAUCACCUGAAAUAAGAAAUGGAGAAGGAAGAAUUCCAAGACCAACUCAAAGAUCAGUUGGAGUAUCAAAUCAACGUACUAAACUUACAGUUUCGUCAUCAAUAUCAUCGUCAGGACAAGACAGUAUUCCGUCAAGUCAAAAUCCAUCACCAAGAUUAGAAGACUCAGAAAUUACUAAUGAAAUGAAUCAAUUAUUUAAAGAUAUUGAAUCAUUUGAAACCAUUCAAAUGAUAGAAGAAAAUAAUAAAACAUUACCAAUGCCAUUAUUGAUGGAAAUAAUAUGGAAUUGUGUAAUGAGUAAUAAUUUAUUAAAUAAUCAAAUAACAAUAAUUUAUGAAAUAAUUAGAGUUCUUCAUGAAAAAUUAAAUGAUGAUUUUAUACAAAUGAAAUCAUUAGCAUACUUAAAUUCUACGUUAUCAUGGAUUUGUAUUUAUUUAACAAAGUCAUUAAGAAAUGAAAGAAAUGAAAAGGUAAAUCAAUUAUAUGAAUACUGUAAAAUAAAUUUAAUUGAAAGUUCAAAUGUUCUUUAUGAAAGUAUAAAAAAAAUGAUUAAUCAAAUAACAAAUAUAUGGUUACAACAACAAGAUAAUUCACAAACAUUUCUUGAUGGAAUUGAUAAAAUAUUAACUCAGUGUAAUUCAGUACAUUAUCCAAAAAAUUAUUAUGAAAUAUUAACACAGGAUAUAGUUAAAAUUAUUAACACUAAAACAAUUCAUUGUAUUAUUUAUUCUAAAUAUACAACUGAAGAAACUGGUAUGUAUUCUCAAAUUCUUGUUCAAUUAACUACUGAUUUAUUAGAAAGAAAAAAUAUUCAUACAGAAUUAACUUUACUUAAAGAACUUGCUGCUGUAUUAGUUAUUCAAAAUAAAGACAUUUUAGCAGGAGAUGCAAGUAUUGAAAUUUGUCCUCAUCUUACAAGUGUAACUCUUAUUCAAGUUUUAAAUACUUUAAAAGAAAAAAAUCCUCAAUGUAUUUCUACAAGUACAUUAACACUAAUUCAAAGAGAACGAAAUGGAAUUCAAUAUUAUGAUGACACUUUAAAAUUAACUAAAAAAGAAAAGAUUAAUGACUGUAUUAACCAAUCAAUUCCUGAUACUACUUCUUUACUUCAAAUAGAAGAACUUUGUAAACUCUUUAAAGAAAGAAAUUACUUUAAGUUAAAUGGUUUAUUUGAUUAA